AUGUCAAAUAUUGCCGUUGUUGUACCUCCACCCUCUGAGAAUGAUGUUAUCAUUAAAGUGGAACAACAACAGCAGGAGCAAGUGAAUGUUCAACAACAAAAGUUGGAACAACAACAACAACAGCUGUCAAUUGAUGAUGAAUCGACAAUCGAAAAGAUCUAUGCUUUUUGGUUUGGACCGAUCAGUCUUUGGUCGAAAAACUGUAAUCUCAAGACAAAGUUGUGGUUCCGUCGUAAUCUCAACACGGACAGUGUCAUCAAGCAGCAAUUCGAAUCCGUACUUCUCGAUGUUGUUUCCUCGCAAGCUUCUGGUUCUCUCUACGACCGUUGGAUGCAUUCUCUCCGUGGAAAGGUAGCACUCAUCGUUCUGCUCGACCAAUUCACAAGAAAUAUGUAUCGUGCCACUCCCGACAUGUUUAAAUACGACCAGCUUGCUCUUGACAUCUCGCUAUCGAUCAUUGACGACACAACGACAACUGGUUUCCAAAAGUUUCAAGAGAGUUACUCACUUCCCGAGCGUGUCUUUAUCAACUUCCCGUUGGUGCAUUCCGAGCAGUUGGAGCAUGUAGAGCGUGGAUACAAGCUGAUGACCGACGUUGCUAAUGAAUCGCAAUAUCCAAACCUACGUAAACACUACGUGAAAUUUGCUCGAUCCGCACAGGAUCACGUUGAAAUCAUUCGUCAAUUCGGCAGAUAUCCACAUCGUAACCAUCUCUUGGGUCGUACCUCUAGCGAAGCGGAAGUCGAGUUUCUCCAAACCACCAAGUACAACUUUGUGAAAUCCGUACAACACGCCAAUCCCGACAAUCCCUCGAAAAAGGAAGAUCUACUCGGUAUCACCAAACCCAAGGUCAAUAUCAAGUCGCUGACAACUGAGCCAAUCAUUAUGGAUCCAGUCAUCUCAUCGAAACCAAAGAUGAAACUCCUAUUCCUACAUGGAUACAGACAAAAUGGUCCAGUUCUAAAGAGAACAACAAAGAAACUUCAAGGUUUCAUUGGUGAUUUCGUCACUGUUUACUAUGCCAAUUCACCGCUAUCGAUCAACGCCGUAAACAACUCUGAGAACAGCGGCUCGUUGUUGACGGCGAUGGCCAGUGACAAGGAAUCGCAUCAAAGACAAUGGUGGUCCCCAAGCAAAGACUUCAAGGUGUAUCAACACAUCGAUGCCUCCAUUCACUAUUUGACACAGUUGUUCAAAGCGGAGGGUCCUUUCGAUGGAAUCAUUGGUUUCUCGCAGGGUGCAACGUUUGCUGGUAUCCUCGCAGCAAUGCAGCAACAAAAUCAGCUGCCAUUCCGCUUCAACUUUGCUAUUCUCAUCUCUGGUUUCCCGUCGCGUGCAGACGUCCAUCAGCAUCUCAUCGUAAAGAACUCGAUCGACUUGCCAACGCUCUCUAUCUACGGUACCAAAGAUGAGAUGGUAGAGAAUCAACGUACCAAAGACUUGGCAGAUCUCUUUGUCAACCCCGAAAUCGAUGGCAACGACGGUAGCCACUUCUCACCAAACAAAUGGCCAAAUCAUAAGAUUAGAGAUUUCCUUUUGAAACAACAUCUCGGUGAUAUUUCAAGCGUAACAACAACAUUGGCAACAACAACAAUCAAAUUGAAUCCAUUAGAUACUUUGAAUGGAUUCAAUGAGAUUCUCGAUGUAUCACUUAAGCAACUCGUUGGUAAGAUUGAAAACAACCAGGUACUCCCGCUGUUUGGACUGACAGAGUCAACUCGUCAGUUACUUUCUACUUCUGAACACUUCAAAUCGAUUCUCAACUAUGAUAAUCCAACAUUGGCGAGAGAAUUGGUUCCAAAUGAUUCGCUGGCUCUGCUCAUUAGAGGAAACGAUAGCGAACCAUUGUUGGACGAGAUUUUAGCAGUGGCAUGGUCAACUCGUUACAACUUCAAAACAGAGGAACCAAGAACCACUCCACUCUUUUUCAAACUAUGGUUGCAUCUCUAUCUCGAGAGACCAAAUCAACUACUUUCCAGAUUGGAUUCAUUCAUUAAAUAUGGAAACUAUCGUGAUCUUUCGACAUUGGUUUAUUUCAGUGAGAAGAUCUUUGAUGACAUCCAAGAGAGCAACAUCAAACAUCUCAAUACUCUAAAGAAAACAGUUGUAAAGAUUUUCGCUGAUCAACUUACAAAAGAUUAUCAACUUGUUUUUGGUAGUGCCGCUCAAAAGGAUGAACACUCUGAAAGUCAAGAUAAUGAGGAGGAAGCUGAUGUUUGGAGAUGGCCAUCAAACUGUGCUUUGGAAGCACCAAAGUUGGGUGGUGGAAGAAAAGGUUACUCAUCGCAGUUGGCCAAGGAGAUUUCAAGAUAUCUCUUCCCAAUGCCAACACUACCAGAGAAUGCAACCGACAUUCAAAUCAACAGAGGCAAGGGUCUCUGCUAUGAAAAGUACAGACAAAUGGUUGGUAAGCUCAAGAAACUACUGGAUAUGACUGCACCAGGCAAGGUUGAUUACAAUGCUCAGGUCGUCGACAAACUUACAUAUCAUCAAAACGGUGCAAUGUCAAUGACAGAGGAGGAGAGAGUUGAACUUUUAAACUCUAAUCCAUCCAGCUACGUUCUCAAUCCUGAGCCAGAACCAGUGGUUCCAUGUCCACUCGAUGAGCUUGAUCCACUAAUCAACUUUAUGAACGGUGGUGGUGCACUAUCUGACAAUGCACCAAUGAGAUUCACUCGUGGCACUUGUAUGCCAGAUGGAAGAUUAGAUCUUUGUAAACAAGUUGUUGGUCCAGAGGGAAUUCGUCCUUUGUUGGGUGCUAUGAAAAAGAGUACUCAAAUUAAAAGAUUGUUGCUUGGAAACAAUAUUGUUGGUAAUGGUGGUGGAGAAGCUAUCGCUGACUAUAUCCGAUACAAUGAAGAUUCAAAGAUUGAUACUUGGUAUAUUGCUGGUAAUAACUUUGAUGUCGAUGGUAUCACCCCGAUUGCAGAGGCUCUCGAGAAAGAUACAAAGGUUAAAGCACUAUGGCUAAAACGUAAUCCAUUGCUGACCGUUGGUGUAAAACCAAUUGCAUCGAUGUUGGAGAAGAAUUGUUACCUACAAACAUUGGAUCUACUCAAUUGUGGUAUUUUAGAUCAAGGUGUAGAGAUUUUGUUCAACUCUCUCAGAAAGAAUACCACUUUGAAGAAUCUUUAUAUUGAUACCAAUGGUUUGACAACUGCCAGUGCCGGAUAUAUUUGUCAGCUACUAGAGAGUGGUGAGAAUCACUUGGAUUCCCUUUAUCUCAGUUGCAAUAGAAUGGGUGAUGAAGGUGCCAAGCUGAUUUCACAAGGUCUGCUGGUUGACAAACAACUAAAGAGAUUGGGUUUAGGUUCAAAUGGUAUUGGUCCAAUUGGUGCCAAGCAUUUAGUCGAUGCAAUUCUCGUCCAUCCAUCACUCGUCCAAUUGAAUCUUGGUUUCACUAGAGCUACAUUCCAGUUGGGUGCAAUCAAUAAUGUGUUGGGUGACAGUGGUGCUGCUGAAAUUGCCAGACUUAUCAAAGCCAAUACACAUAUUCGUAGUAUCGACUUGACUCACAAUGGUAUCUCUCAACAAGGUAUUGGCAUGCUCAAAGAUUCGCUCAAGAAUAAUCUGAUCUUGACUUCACUGGCACUGAAUCAAUUUGGAAUGGAAAACAACGAUGCCGCCAGACAAGAAAUCAACUACGCUCUCGGUAGAAACAGACUCCAAUGGGGAAAAGCAGAGCUCAAUGGUGAGAAUGAAGAUUUAUGGAUGAAGAAAGGUGACCAACUCGCUGAGGAAAUCAACACACCACAACACAUCGCUGAAAUUCUAUCUGUUUAUAGAACAAAAUAA